ACAUGCGCAAUGCGCAUCCGUUUUUGACAGGGUCCACGAGUUUCUUUUUGAUUUUGUAAUUUGUUCCACGUUUAAAAAUAGUUUCACUCGUCGGUGGUAACGAUAUAUUAUUGUAUUAGUGUGAUGUUUUACCUUGGGUUGCGCUUCUAAAAAAUUGAUCAUCAUUUAAAAAAGAAAAUAAUUUAAAAAACUUAAAAAAAUAAAAAAAUUUGUUUAUAAAUAUCUGUGAAAAAAUGUCUGUUAGGAGUUCUGCUCAUCAAGCAUUUGGCACUGAUGGCAGUGAUUUUUCUCAUAGACAAAAAGUUGCAACACAAUAUCAAUUAAGUGUUAUCAACAAGUCAAGACUGAAAUGGUGCAUAUUUUUUCAUUACCUCUUAUUCUUUGUCAUGCUGGCUAAAUUAUCAGCAGAUAUAUUAGAUUUUUUGGAUAUAUUUAUUUUGGAAAUAGAAGAAUUACAAAUACCACAGGCACUGUGGUGGGAGUGGAUAUGGUGUAUAGGUUUACCAUUUUCAUAUCUUGGAUUAAAGGCCAUAAGGGAAAAUGGUAUCAAAAGAAUUAAACAUUACAUGAUGAGUGUAAUUAUCGUUUGUUUUGGUCCAAUUCUCUACGCUUUGAUCUAUUAUUCCACAGAUGUUUGGACUUAUUUAAGAAGUAACGACGAUACAACAAGCAUUCAAAUGUGGCAGGGUUUACCGUAUGGAGUUUUAUGGUACGGAUUUAUUUUACUAGCCUCGCAAGUACAUUUGUUCUCUCUCUAUUUUGCUUGGAAUCUACUUGUUGCUUGGAAAGCAAAAGGAAUAAAACAUUUGAACUAAGGCAACAAACAAAAAAAAAACAAAACAAAACUGACGUAUGUAAAUACAAUUUUUAAAAAAAAGCAAAUUGAACUGAUGAAAAGACACUUAUGAAAAUAAAAGGAAUAUAUGUUCGUA